AUGCUUAGUGCAAAGGCUAAGGCGUUUAGCAUAGACAGUCUCCUGGCUGUGGGACCUAGUUUAACUAGUAGAACAAGUGUGGAAACUGACAACCGCGUUCAAGAUCUCGGAAUUUGUCAUCAAGAACAUCCGACCAAAAAACACAACAUCAGCAAGUGUUUUCAUCCGGCAUUGCAAGCCAUCACGGAUGAUACAAAGGAUAGCACCCUCCAGAUUGAGUUGUGUCAGAAUGAUUUAUGGCACGCCUUUCACAACUUGGGGACAGAGAUGAUUAUCACCAAAACUGGAAGGCGAAUGUUUCCUGCAAUUAGAGUGAAACUUCAUGGACUAGACCCCAGCUGUAAAUACUCAGUUUCACUGGAAUUUACUCAGAUAGAUAAGCAGAAAUAUCGCUACGUUUAUCACAGUUCAAAAUGGAUGGUUUCUGGACUUGGAGAUGAUAUGAUACGAGAUCAGAUUUACCGCCAUCCAGAUUCUCCGGCAGAUGGCGCUGUGCUUGAAUCCCAGAUCGUUUCUUUUGAAAGAAUUAAACUCACUAAUAACGACUCGCCAAAAUAUGGACAGAUUUCACUUCUCUCUAUGCAAAGAUUUGUUCCCCGACUUCAUGUUCACCAAAUAUCGCACGACGGGGUAACAGUCCGUCACUUUAUGGCGGUUUUUCCGCAAACAUCAUUUACCGCUGUUACAGCCUACCAAAAUCAAGAGAUAACCAAACUGAAGAUAGCCAGAAAUCCGUUUGCCAAAGGCUUUCGUGAGGCCGGGAAAAACAGAAGUUCUUUGGAAGCCAUGCUUGAUUCCUUGGCUUCACAUGGUGUUCGUCCUCAUUGUACUCCGAUCCCGAACAAAAGGCAGCAAAUAGGACCAAGAGAUGAGACAGAUAACAGUCUGGCUUUGUUUCUCUCUGGUAAAGAGAUGAAACUAUUUACGAAUGUAUGGAACAAUUCUUCGUGUAACAGUGUAACUUCAGAGAAAGUCCCAAAAUAUCCAUACCUUCUUCACGUCCAGCAGCCACCAUUACAGCUAGAGGUUCAGACGCCUUGUAUAAACUUUGAAUCUGUAACUGCUGUUGAGGGUUUUCCGAACCAAGCACAGCCUGCACAAGUGUCCGCUUGUAUAGAACGACAUUCGGCACAGCGUCCGGCCAACAGUCCAGUCUGGUGCUCAAAAAUGCCCCUCCCUGUUUCCCCAAUAUGUGACUUCCAGUCUCCAAAUGUCUCUUCUCACCUAUUACAUAUGUUUAGACAUUCCUUAAAUAAAUGA